GCACUCUAACAAGCCUACUCUCCAGAAAUCUCUCCACUCCUCCACUACAGUCAAAACAGAAAAAGCACACACAAAUCCCUCAUUCAUUUCUCUCUUUGCAACAGAAAGGAAAAUGGCAGCCGCCGCUCCACCUCCACCGCCUACACCAGCACCCACCGCCCCGACAGGCCUUCCAGACUCCGAUAACACACCCGUUGGGCACCCUCUCUUCUCCCGCAUCCGUCUUGCAACACCAGCAGAUGUCCCGCAUAUCUACAAACUGAUCCAACAAAUGGCAGUUUUUGAAAAACUUACCCAUCUCUUUUCCGCUACAGAGACGUCACUUUUCUCAACUCUCUUUAACGCCCCACCGUUCCAGUCUUUCACCGUCUUCCUUCUCGAAGUUUCCACGAACCCAUUGUCGAAAAUCAUCUCGCCUAACUUCACACCCAUUGAGCGUGUUGUUCAGUUAGAUCAUCCUAUAAUAGACCCAGAAUCUGAAAUGUUCAAGAAUAGUGGCAGUGGUGAUGUUGUUGUAGCUGGGUUUGUUUUGUUUUUCCCAAACUAUUCGUCGUUUCUUGCGAAGCCGGGGUUCUAUGUGGAGGAUUUGUUUGUGAGGGAGUGUUAUAGGAGGAAAGGAAUGGGGAAGAUGCUGCUUUCGGCCGUGGCAGCUCAAGCUGUGAAAAUGGGGUACGGAAGAGUGGAAUGGGUUGUGCUUGAUUGGAAUGUUAAUGCUAUUAAGUUCUACGAAGAAAUGGGUGCUAAGAUUUUGCCUGAAUGGAGGAUUUGUAGGCUGACUGGUGACAAUCUUGAAGCUUAUCGUGAUGCAAUUUAGGGUUUUUGUUUGUGUGUGUGUGUUCUUCUGGUUUUAGGGUGGUGACUGGAAUGAUGAUCAUGUAAUUAUAAUUAAUGCUUUUUCUAUCGAAUCAAAUGGGUUAAAGUAAUUGUUGAUGUUGUUUUCUGCAAUUAAUUUUCCAACUUUUUUUA